CAAACAAAACAACCAAACGAAAACAAUUGAAUAAACGUUUUGAUAUUAUAUUAUUAUACUUUGCAAUUAUUGUAUUAAAUCAUUACACAAAACAUAUUGCAAAUGGAUCCGUACGAAAUAGAAUUCAUCGGUGAAAAUAGAAUCAUUAGUAUUAUACCAAACUUUUCUUACGACAAAAUCUAUUUGAUUUGUGGAGAGUUUGGACCGUUUCGUGCAGGUUUACCUUUGAAUGUUCCUCUAUGGCUGGCUAUAAUGUUAAAACAGAAGCAAAAAUGUCGAAUUGUACCACCGGAUUGGAUGGAAAUUGACGCUUUAGAGAAUCUUAAGGAGGAAGAGAAACGUAGCAGAUUUUUCACAAAGAUGCCAAAUGCACACUACAUGGUGGAAGCCAAAUUGAUCCUCGGAGCUGCUGGCGAUGACAUACCAAACUCAGGGGAAAUAAAAACAAUCAUCAAAGACAUAUGGGACAUUCGCAUGUCUAAACUUCGGACCUCUAUGGAUGCACUCAUGAAGUCUGGAGGCAGUUAUGGUAGGCUCGACCACCUGACCAUGAUGGAGAUCAACUCGGUGAAGCCACUACUACCAGCUGCUAUGGAUGAUCUUCUUAGAAUACAAACGAUGGCCAAGAAACCAGCACCAGCGAAUCUCAACAGCUCCACAUUCAGUCAGUCUGGCAGUUCACAAAAUAUGUAAAUAUAAGAUGUU